AAAAAAGCCUACGGACCUAAUUAUGACUUCUUACCGCACUACAACGCUGCGGAUCAGCCCCCGCCAAUUGUGCAGCAUAACGUCGCGGAGGAGCAUCCUCGACCCCAGGCCUUAACAGGCUCAAGGCGAAACAGCGCUGUCGAGAAUCAGUUAAAGACUCCGAGGACUACCCCCACCUUAUCCGGGGGGCAGCCUUGUCCCUGCCAUAAGGCUGCCGCCUCCAGCGCGGAGCCCAAGCAGCACACCUGUGACAGAGAGUUCUGGGACACGCCGACAAUAAGUUUGCGGCAGACAGGUCCAAGGGACCAGUUGCCUGUGCGACCGCUCCUGCGCGGGGCCAUGCAGUACCUACAGACAGCCCAUUCCAGACGUUCCUCUCCCACAGCUGGGAUGACAUCGCCCUACCCCGAUGCAUACCAGCAAACGCAUAUUCAUCCGAAACACCACUGGAGGAGUGAAAAAAAGACGACGCAGAAGACUAAGACUCGGGAGACCGCGCAAACUCACCACGAAGACAACGUUCGACAGGAAGCACCGUCACAGAAGAGUUCACAGGUGCCUCGUGGUUCACGAGAGCGGCGAGCAGUAGCCUGUGGUGGCGGUAACAACAAAGAAGAAGCUAAUCGGAUUAGGCCUUCGCAAACGAGUUUGGCAACCGCAAAAGCCAGGCCAUCUAAUUCUACUGCAACAACGUGGGCGAACCUGGGUCGUUACGGACACAAUUACGACGAGGUGGACGUCCUACUCUACAACCUCUGUCUGAACAUCGAGAGUGCUCUCUGA